AUGCGUUUCCAGUUGCCCAACCUGAAGGAUUUCGACAAGUGGGGCAAUCGAGUGGUGAACAACUUUCUCUAUUACCAAACCAACUACAUUCUGCUCUUCCUGGUCAUCUACGCGCUGAUGAUUGUGUGCAAUCCAACCAAGAUAAUCAGUGGCUUGAUUGUGCAGGCCUUGAUCAUCGCUGUCAUUUGGCAAUUCUUCAGCAGCAAAUCGAAGCCCAGCUUCAUUGCAAGCCGUCUGACGGGAGGGAAUGCAAUUGUGGCCGAACAAAACGCUCAACAGAAAUGGUACAUCCUGGCUGGUGCUCUGCUUGGCGGAUAUCUUUUUCUGCACCUGAUUAGCGCCGUGCUGCUGACCGCCUUUACCUUGCUGCUGCCCAUUUCGGUGACCUUCAUACACGCCUCACUGCGUCUACGCAACAUGAAGAAUAAAUUGGCCAACACCAUCGAGAGUUUUGCUCCAUCUACUCCCAUGGGUGCCCUGCUGGAUGCGUUGAACGUACGUGCAGAAGGCGUGAUCAAUUAAGAAACGGUCCAAUAGCUGUUGGUCAUACAGGACCGAGACAUAGAAUCCACGUUUUUACAACUAGUUAUCCCUUAAAUGUUGAACCUUGCAAACAAUGUAUUACUUUAUAAUCGAUUUGAUCUUGAGAUUUGUAUUUAAAUAUGAUUUUAUUACUUGUGUACUUUGCUAUUAUGAUUUUCAAUAAAGUUUUCCCAUAAAUGCGUUCGUUCAUAA